GUCCCUCGGAUGCCGGAGCACAGCCCGGUCCCAUGGCUCAGCAGCAGCCCCAGGAGCUGAAUUCCCCCAUGGAUGUGCUCUGCCGGGCGCUGCGGCACCCUGGUAGUGACCUGCGGGUGCUCCGGCUGCAGUGGUGCCGGCUGCCCGAGAGCUGCUGCGUGGCAUUGGCAGCACUGCUGGCCCAGCACCGCAGCCUGGAGCGCCUGGAGCUGGGGGACACCGCGCUGGGGGACCGCGGCGUGCGCCUGCUGUGCCAGGGGCUGCGGCAGCCCAGCUGCUGCCUGCGUGCACUGCGGUGAGAGCCCCGGCACGCGGCGUGUCCCUGAGC